AUGUUCCGCUCGGCGUCCUCCGUGCGCCAACCCCGGCUGCCGCGCGCCCCGGUGCGCAACAUGGCCGAUGCGGCCCACCGCCUGCUUUGCGCCCAGAGGGUGCUGCGGCGCUGGGCCGAGGACAGGACGCUGGAGCACCAGGAGUUCAAGGCCAUGUGGACGCCCUUCCGGGGCAUCAUGACGCACGUCUUCAUCCUGGUCUGCUUCAACCUCUUGAGCAUGUGCCGCAUCGACCUCUUCAUCUUCUACACGCGGGAUGCCCUCGACGACUUCUACUUGAACAACCACUUUCCGGAGGGGCCCGUCAAUCAGAUGAUUGUCUUCUCGGAGGUGGAUACUGUAGAGCGGCUUUGGAGCUUCGUGGACUACCUGGUGGACUCCACCGGGGAGGAGGACCCCCCCAGCGUCACGAUGCAUAACCCGCUGCUCGGCAACAUCCGGCUGCGCCAGGUCCGCGUCCGCGGCGAGCCGUGCGUGGUGGCGCAGUGGCCCGAGCUCGACGAGGACUACGACAAGUGCUUCCGCUUCCUGAGCUCGGAGAACGAGGACCGGGAGCCCUUCGGGCUGGGCGAGGCCGGCGGUGAGGCGUGGGUGUACCGGGAGGACGAGGAAGGCGACCCGGCCUACGGGUACCUGUCGAUGUACCCGCCGGGGGGCUACUGGACGCACCUCCCGCGCGACGACGAGGAGGCCCAGGAGCUUGUGGACACGCUCAAGGUACACUCGCCACCGAGGCAACGACAGCACAACCACUCCGCCCUGGGCGCAAAGUCACCGUCGCCCGGUCGACAGAACAACAGCUGGGUGGACGCCGCCACCCGCGCCGUGUUCGUGGACCUGGUGACCUACAACGCCAACCUCAACUACCUCAGCCUGACGGUCGUCUUCUUCGAGCUGCCGCCCGGCGGAGGCGUGGUAUCGCGCCUCGUCACGCGCACUGCCCCGCUAAUGCAGUACGCCACCCAGUUCGACGCAUGGCGCCUCGGCCACGAGCUCGUGUUCCUCGUCUGCAGCGCGGUGCUCACUGUCGGCGCGCUCCUCCGCGCCCUGCGGCACCUCUGUGAGCUGCUAGACCAGUAG